AUGGCCAUCUUCACUGAUAUGGUAGAGGACAUCAUGGAGGUCUUUAUGGAUGCUUUCUCGGUGGAAGGUAUAGUCUUGGGGCUCCUAGUGUCGAGUAAUGGCAUUGAGGUAGAUCGUGCAAAGGUUGAUGUGAUAGAAAAACUUCCACCACUCACUUCCUUCAAAGCAAUAAGAAGUUUCCUUGGCCACGCUGACUUCUAUAGACGGGUAGCUUUUGAGGAAUUGAAGAAGAGGCUGGUGACAACACAUCCAAUAUACUACGCAAGUAGAAUGUUGAGUGGUGCCCAACUAAAUUACACAAUGACUGAGAAGAAGAUGCUAGCAGUGGUGUUCCCAUUUGAUAAAUUCAGGUCAUACCUGAUAGGCUCGAAGGUAUUGGUUUAUACUGACCAUUCUGCUCUCAGGUACUUAAUCGAGAAGAAGGAUUCAAAGCCGCGCCUGAUUCGAUGGGUGCUACUACUGCAAGAAUUUGACUUGGAAAUCCAUGACCGAAAGGGUACGGAGAACCAAGUGGUUGAUCACUUGUCAAGGCUGGAAGGAGCCGAGAAGAAGGUUAAGGUGGAAGAGAUUGCGGAGACUUUCCCGGAUGAACAACUAUUAGCCACGAGUCUUGAGGUAGCGCCAUGGUAUGCAGACAUUGCAAACUACCCGGCGAGCGGUAUUGUUCCCUAUGACCUUCCUCGGUUCAAAAGAAAAAGUUCUUUCGAGGUAAAAGUGUUUGAUAUAUGGGGAAUCGAUUUCAUGGGGCCAUUUGUCAGCUCAUAUGGAAACAAGUACAUACUCGUAGAUAUGAACUAUGCGUCAAAAUGGGUGGAGGUUGCAACGCUCCCUACAAAUGAUGCAAAGGAGGUAAUUGUUUUUUUGAGAAAGAAUAUAUUCACCCGUUUUGGCACUCCAAGGGUAAUAAUCAGUGACGGAGGCACUCACUUCUGUAAUCGAGCCUUGGCAAAGUUGUUAGAAAAGUAUGAUGUAUGCCACAAGGUUGCCACCCCAUAUCAUCCACAAACGAGUGGGCAAGUGGAAGUUUCGAACAGAGAGAUAAAGACCGUUUUGACAAAGACUGUGAAUGCUACAAGAACGGAUUGGACGAGAAAGUUAGAUGAUGCACUCUGGGCCUAUCGUACCGCUUUCAAAACUCUGAUUGUCAUGUCUCCAUAUAAAUUGGUGUUUGGGAAGGCGUGUUACUUACCAGUGGAGUUGGAUCAUAGAGCUUUGUGGGCAUUGAGGCAGCUGAAUCUCGAUAUAGAAGCUGCAGGUACAAGUAGAGUCACGGAGUUGCAUGAGCUUGAUGAGUUUCGCUACCACGCUUUUUAG